AUAAUUAUAAUUACUUGAAGAAAUUAUUAUUAUAUAUACAUAUUAUCAUGGCAGGCAUCACCAGUACAAAAUUUAAAAAUAAUUUACCUCCAAAAUAUGGAAAUAUCAUAACAAUUCUGAGCAUAGAUGGAGGAGGCAUUAGAGGAAUCAUCCCUGGAGUUAUUCUUUCUAAACUUGAAUCUCAUCUCCAGGAGGUGGAUGAUAAUAAAGAUGCAAGAGUAGGUGAUUACUUCGAUGUAAUAGCGGGAACUAGCACAGGUGGGCUUAUUACAGGAAUGUUAACAGCACCAGACCCCAACAAUAGGCCUUUGUUUGCUGCCAAAGAUGUUGUUCCAUUUUACCUUCAACACAGUUCUAAAAUCUUCCCUCAAACUCGGGGAAUAUUUGCCGAUACUAUAAACACGGUGAAAGCAUUAGGAGGACCAAAGUACGAUGGAAAGUACCUUCACAACCUCAUAUCGAAGAAUUUAAGUGGAGUGAAGUUGCAUCAAACCUUGACCAAUGUAGUUAUUCCUACUUUUGACAUCAACAAACUCCAACCUGUUAUUUUUUCUUCUUACCAGAUAGAAACAUCAAGAGUGUUGGAUGCUUCACUUUCGGACAUUUGUAUAGGUACUUCAGCUGCCCCAACCUUCUUACCUGCUCACUUUUUUACAAACAAAGAUGAUGAGUCUGGAAUUACUCAAGAAUUUAACCUCAUAGAUGGGGGCAUAGCCGCUAAUAAUCCGGCUUUGGUGGCAAUGAGUGAAGUGACUAGACAAAUAAUAAGGAAAAAUCCAGAGUUUAGUACGGAGAAGCCUGUGGAUUACAACCGUUUUCUAGUGAUUUCAAUAGGAACGGGUUCAAAAAGGAAUGAACAAAAAUACACUGCUAAAAUGGCUUCUAAAUGGGGCAUAAUAUCAUGGAUAUUUAACAAUGGAUCAACUCCUAUAAUAGAUUGUUAUAGUGAAGCCAGUGCUGAUAUGGUUCACUACCAUAAUUCUGUGGUUUUUCAAGCUUUUCAAUCUCAACAUAGCUACCUACGUAUUGAUGAUGACACACUAAAAGGGGAUGUAGCUUCGGUUGAUGUAGCUACAGAAGAGAAUUUGAAUAAGUUGGUGGAAGUGGGUCAAAAUUUGCUGAAUAAACCAGCUUCACGCCUCAACGUGGAUACUGGUCUCUAUGAGCCUAUUCCAAAUGCUGGUACCAAUGACCAAGCCCUCAAAAGGUUUGCGGAGUUACUUUCCGAAGAAAAGAAACGUCGGGAGUCUAAUGCCGCCGCCGAGCAGAAAUAAUAAUAAUAAUAAUAAUGUACUAUAUGUUGUUGUUGACAUUCGAAAAUAACUUUGAUUUGAAACCUAAUAAUAAUAAUAAUAAUAAGAGACAGUAAUGAUAUGUGUGCUCCCAAAAUAUAUAUGCACUAAAUAAUGAUGUAAUAAGAUUUCAUUUUUGAAAUCAAUGUGUGAUUGAUUUGAAAAAGAAAAAAGAAGAUUAAUUUAACCCAAUGUAUGGAAACAACAUAAAUAUAUAUAUAUAUCUUUAUAUAUUAAAAGUGCCUAUCUAACGGCAUUUAUUGGUUUAACAGAAUAUACUUUAAAAAUAAAAGAAUAUUCUGUUAAAUCUAACAAAAGAUUAACAUUUAAAGUUCACUUCUCUAAUCUUAUACGACCAUCCUUCGGUAACCUUACGAUUAGUUUCAAUAGCCCUAACCUAACUAGGAUCUCUCACUCCCACUCUCACUCCCACUCCCAAUCGAUUGUAAGCCCUCCACACCUGAAAUUCAAGUUCGAUUCGUUGGUGGAUGCCCAUGAAGCCAAUCGCAUUAUCGAAGCCAAUCCUAAUAUCAUGACCCCAAAUUCUAAGCAGCCUGGGCUCAUCUCCAUCAAAUGUGGUAUGACGAUUCCCCAACACUAGAACCCACCUCCACCCUCUUUUGCUUCUUUUGGAUUGGGUAUACGUGUAACUAUAAAGAUGGAGUAUCGGAUCACACCUCCUGCUAAGUGAGCCUUUCGUAAUGUUCCUCAAAACCUUAUAGUUCAUGAACUGACAAUGACAAAUAUAUUCCGCCAAAUAAGCAUGCAACUACUUGAAAAUGUACGCGUCCAAUGUUGAGUUUCAACAUAAUCAUAUUCCUUCUUCUAGGUUUGAUAAUGUUGACUUUUAGGUUUCUUUUACACAUCCAAUGUUGUGCAAGCUCAAAUAGAUAGAAAUGGCAUGUACUUUACAAAUUCUAUUAUUUUUAUCUAUAAUACUUUAUUGUUGAAUCAAUUUUUUUUCUCUUUUCCAUCUUAUAAUAUUCCUUAUUAUAAAGGGCAAUAAUAACAUUUCAAAAAAAUUAGACUUUAUUGUACUAAUUUGCUGUUAGGGGUGUUCAUCCGAUCCAAUCCGCACUUUUUUGGUCAAACAACAUCCAAUCCGCACUAAGUGCGGAUUUCAUAUUUUGGAUCCAAUCCGAUCCGCAUAAGAGUUUAAAUCCAAUCCAAUCCGAUCCGCAAUAGUGCGGAUUGGAUCGGUUAUUUUAGAUCGGUUAUUUUUUUAAUAAUAAAUUAUUUAAUAUUUCAUAGAAAAAAAUUAAAAAAAAAAACUAACUAUUGUUUCUUAAACUCCAAUAAUAAUCUAUUUCCAUCUCUAUUUAUAUACAAAUCAAACCAAUAUACAUAUAUCAAUAUAUAUGUACUUAUCUUUAGAUUUAUACUAAAAUAUAUAUGUAUCUAUUACUAAAAUAAAUAAAAUAAAUAAGUUAGUAUAUAUAUUUAAAUUUAUAUAUGUGUCUAUGUUAAUAAGAAUUAUUUUUGUUGUGUUUUUUAUUAUGAAAUAAAUAAAAUGCACCAACUCAAUAUAUUAUUAAAAAAGAUUGAGAAAUUAGAAGUUUGUGUCUUUUUUUAAUUAAUAUAUAUUAUAUAUUAUAAUUUUUUAAAAAUUUAUAAUUAAGUGCGGAUUGGAUUGGAUCGGUUACUUUUUGAGGUCAAACAACAUCCAAUCCGCACAAGUGCGGAUUUUAGUUUUUUCAAUCCAAUCCAAUCCGCACAAGUGCGGAUAUCCGCAUUUUGCGGAUAUCCGCAUUUUGCGGAUUGGAUUGGAUUGGAUCGUGCGGAUUGGAUUGGAUCGGAUAAUUUAUGAACACCCCUAUUUGCUGUCCACUAAGAGCUUUAUCAUUGCUCUCUUCCUUGCCAUUUUUUACUCAUUAUUGUCUUUUGGGUUACGGUUGAAAAUACAUUCCCUGAGUGACUCUACUGAUAUGACAACUAUUUCUAAUAUUUGCGCUACAUUUUUUUUUUUGAAUAAUAUUGUAUAUUAUAAUAAUUAAAAGUUAUAAUAAUAAAAAAAAAUGUAACUAAGUAUACGUGCAAUGCACGUAACUUCAAUCUAGUAUAUAUAUAUAAAGCUGUUAAAACAAUGUGAAAAACAAUAUUUGUAUUUUCAAAAAAUAAAAAUAAAGAAAUAAAGAAAACUUCA